AUGGGUUCCGACGACGAGCACCGUGGCCAACGAUCACGGCGCAGCCGCUACGACGACGAAGACGACAGGCCGCACCGAGAAAGGGACACCACAGACCGCGACAGCCACCGCCGCAGACGCAGCAAAGACCGCGGCGACAGCCACUAUCGCGAACGCGAUCGCGGCUCGGAACGACCGCCACACAAGGAACGGAAAAGAUCGCGGUCACGAGAUCGGCGCGACGCUUCGCGCCGCUCGCGCUCACCAGAACCUCCUGCGCGGAAACGUUCCCGCUCACGGGACCGCGAUCGCAACAGACACAGGCGGAGACGAUCCCCCGACGAUGACCGCGGCAGCAGAGAUAAAGAUGUAUCCCGACGCCGCCGGCACCGCGACCGCGACCGCGACCGCAGCCCGGCCUCCGACUCGGAAGCAGACGAUAACAAAACCACAAAGCGCAAACGCAUCACUGCACCCACAAGCCCCAUCCGCCGCUCCGGCCCCUUACCAGACCAAGACGCCUCCUUCGCAGUCUCCAAGGGCGAAGAACCCGAAAAACCCAAGGAACAACCAAACCUUCGCACGACGGGCCUGCUAGCAGCGGCAUCCAACUCAGUCCAGCAGGCCGACGGCACCUCCAUCGUGCUAAAAUACCACGAGCCCGCCGAGGCGCGCAAACCCCCCGCCAAGGACCAGUGGAAGCUCUUCGUCUUCAAGGGGGACGCUAUUGCCGACACGGUGGACCUCAACCUCCGGAGCUGCUGGCUCGUUGGCCGCGAGGCCGCCGUCGUGGACUUUGUGGCCGAGCACCCGAGUAUCAGCAAGCAGCACGCCGUGAUUCAGUUCCGCCACGUGGAGAAGCGGAACGAGUUUGGGGACCGCAUCGGCAAGGUGAAGCCGUACCUCAUUGAUCUCGAGAGCGCCAACGGGACGGUGCUGAACGGGGACAAGGUCGCGGAUAGUCGAUACUACGAGUUGAGGGAUAAGGACAUGAUUAAGCUGGGGCAUAGCACGCGGGAAUACGUGCUCAUGUUGGCGCCAAAAGAAUAG